AAUUACUCAAUUCUAGACACAAUGCUUUAGAUUAGAAGACAUCUCACAUACACUUCAGUGCUUGGAGAACAUAGCUACACCUAACUUUUAAUAACUAGGACAGACUGAGCAGAGUGUGUUUAGCCCACUGAACCUGCCAUUUUCUUCUCUGGCCAAAAGAGAAAGUGAGAGAGCACUAUAAUGAGUGGGGAAGAAUUCACCACCUCAGAUUACUUCUAUGGCACAGAUUUUUAUUCUCAGAUUACACCACCAUGUGACAAGAAUGAAGUCCGAAACUUUACAAGAACUUUUCUUCCUAUUGCAUACUCGCUGAUAUGUGUGUUUGGUCUCGUGGGCAAUCUAUUUGUGGUGAUGACAUUUGCAUUAUACAAGAAGAGUGAAUCUAUGACCGACAUAUAUCUCUGCAAUAUGGCAGUUGUAGACAUACUGUUUGUUCUCACUCUUCCUUUCUGGGCAAUAAACUAUGCUCUAGGCAGGUGGAUCUUUGGUGACUUCAUAUGCAAACUCAUCAAAGGUAUCUACGCAGUUAACUUUAACUGUGGUAUGUUGCUAUUGGCUUGUAUAAGCAUGGACCGAUACAUUUCCAUUGUGCAAGCGACCAAGUCAUUUAAGUUUCGGGCCAGGACUCUAGCCUACCAUAAAGUGAUCUGUUUGGCUGUGUGGGUGGCAUCCAUUUUACUCUCCAGUUCUACUUUCAUGUUUAGUGAAAGCUACACACAUUCAUUCAAUGUGACAAAGCACAUUUGUGAACAUAAAUCCAGCACAGAUUCCAAUAUCAAUUUGAAAUUAUUGAUAAUUGGUCUCCAGCUUUUGUUUGGAUUUUUCAUCCCCAUGCUGUUUAUGUUUUUUUGCUAUACUCUCAUUGUCAAAACACUGGUGCAGGCUCACAAUUCCAAAAGAAGCAAAGCUAUCCGUGUGGUAGUCUCAAUUGUGAUUGUUUUCCUAAUAUGUCAAGUUCCUUAUAACAUGGUUCUCCUUGUGACAGCUACAUCAAUGGGGAAAUUGGAUAAAGCUUGCCAGAGUGAAAAGCUAAUGGCCUAUGCAAAAUAUGUAACAGAAACUUUGGCCUUCUUCCAUUGUUGUAUGAACCCAGUGCUCUAUGCAUUUAUUGGGGUUAAAUUUAGACAUCACUUUGUGAAAAUAAUAGCAGGCCUGUGCUGUGUGCAAUACAAGAACUGUAGAAUCAGUUCAAGGGUAAGUUCUGAUAUUGCUCAUUCAAGACAGACAAGUGAAAUGUAUGAUUAACACAGUGAAGCUGC